AUGCCUGUAGAGCAGAUUGACGAUCCCUCAGUGAAGAUAAAGCCUCCAUCGAAGCUAAUUCACUUUGUCCGGAAGAACAUAGACGUGGCCGAAGCACCGACAGGUUUACGAGCCUUGAAGAAAUCCCACAAGUCCGCAGUACCACUGAAGAUCGAGGACAUCAAGUGGCUGAACGAUUUCCUCAUCGAACACAGGAAAAUUUCCAGCACCAAAGUUUAUAUUCACGAGCUUCUGGAGGGAGCAGAUGUGAUUUUACCACAGCCCAAGAUCACACCGAGGAAUCCAGUUCUCGAAGCGAGAAUCCAAAAAUUGACUGCUCAACAGUCAACUAGGGAGUACGAGGCGAUGACCAAAGGGGUGGACGCCGUCAGGAAACAUUACCCAGAGGACACUAUUUCAUACCAAAUGAAGGAAAUUAAUAAACAACUCAUCGCUGUAGCCCAAUUCGUCUUCUCAGUGAUAGCAGCCUUUGCAUUUGGCUUCAUAGGGCUAGAACUCAUCGUGGGUAGCCUUGAUUUUGGCUUCAGAUUACUAUUAGGAAUAAUCUGCGGCCUCAUUGUAGCACUCGCUGAGAUAUACUUUCUCGCUAAGAAGUUGAACGAGGACUGCUGGGAGCCACCACCACCCAAAGUGUUUACAAAACCCCAUCAAGAAUAAUAAAUUGUUAUACUUGAGAGCUUUCAUCGAAUAUUCCGGAAAUUCCACCACCAGUGGUUAACGACUGGGAGUCGAAUAAUUCGUGUCCAAGUUGUCACAAGACAUUUAAACACAGGUGUAACCUGAACACUCAUGUCAGGUACGAGUGUGGGGUACCACCCAGAUACAAUUGUCCUUACUGUGCUAAGCAGGCGAAACACUUGACGAAUGCACGAAGCCACGUGAAAAGGUGUCAUCCUGAACGAGAAAUGAAGGUGAUUGAUGUGCUCAUGGGGAAAAUCGUGGGGCCCAGCACUAGUCACAGCAGCACUUUUAGAAGAUAAUUUUUUUUUCUUCGUUUAUCGAGCCUAAUCUGGAGAAUUUCCAACAUUUUCUGGUACUACAAAUUUAUUUUGUUUUUUUUUUUCAGAAAUUAACUGCUGGUCAGCCACAUUACAUAUUAAUGACCAAUUAUAAAACAGAAAAUAUUUUUUUUCCACCAAUAAUUAUUUAAGAAGGUAGGACAUUGUUUCAUUCAUUACAAUUUAUAAGAUACGAUUGUCUACACUGUUAUGAUAUCAAAUGAACUAAAAUGGUUUCGUCGUCUACAAUUUGAUGGACAAUGUUAGUUUUUUCGGUCAAAAUAAAUCGUUUAAACAAUA